CACUUUGCUGGCAGCAGAUGUCAUCUGUAGCUCGGAUGCCCAAGGUCCGGUCCUGCAGUAUUUCUGUCACCAAGAUGGGGUUCAAUUCCGCCGUCAACCUUGCUCAAUCGCGCAGGAGAGGAUCCAAUGACGAACCUCACAAUCCAGGCCAAGCUGAACUCCCAAUCCUCAACCAACAACAUUGAACAUCCUAUGCAUAACACCGUAUGACCUCUACAUUGAUCCACAGACAUUUCCCGUGCACAUGGACCUCUGAUGCCAACGAAUGAGCCGCCGCCUCAGCGCUCUUACUCCAAAUCACAAUGCGCCCUGUGGAUGAGAUCCAGUGAGUCCUCUCCUCCAUCUGCGUGGCAUGUCGCGCCUGUCUCACGCCGAACCAAGGCUACGAUGGCGCGCAACACAAACCCACGGCGCAAGUCGCGAUGACAUGCAACGUGCCGUGCGGUACACUGGCGCCGCCAGCCCGUGCAUCUCCGGUCUGAGGUCUGUCUGCUGGAAGAUCCUCCUCUUGUCCAAGACGAACGAGACAGACUGGAUCAGUGUCUUGCGCGAGGCGCGCGACGAAUAUCAGAAACGCAGAGAUGCGCUGCUACAGUACAUCAAGCACCCUGAGGCUCUGGCCGAGCUCAAGGUUGAUCCGCUGGCGGAUGAUCCUACCUCUCCUUGGAACACCAUUCGGCAAGACGAGCUCAUCCGCUCAGAGAUCCAACAGGAUGUGCAAAGGCUGCCCGACGAGGCCAAUUACCAUGAUGAGCGCAUACAGACCAUGAUCCUGGAUGUGCUCUUUGUCUACUGCAAGAUGUAUCCCGACAGGGGCGGCUACCGCCAGGGCAUGCACGAGUUGCUCGCGCCCAUUGUCCACGUACUCGAGGCAGACGCCAUCGACCGGGGCGCACUUGCUGAUGAGCAUGACCUGGACGAGACCCUACUUGAUCUUACCAGCUCAGACUUUGUUGAACACGAUGCCUACGUCCUGUUCUGCAAAGUCAUGGACGGCGCGCAGUCCUUCUAUGCUCUCAACGAUGAAGCGGCCUCGCGGAGCCAGGCCCAAUCAUCCACGAUUGUGGAGCGCAGCAAGUUCAUACACGAAGUUUGCCUCCAAAAGGUCGACCCUGAGCUGGCGGCACACCUCAUCAGCGUGGAGAUUCUUCCCCAGAUAUUCCUCAUACGUUGGGUCCGGCUGCUCUUUAGCCGCGAGUUCCCCUUUGACCAGUUCUUGAUGCUGUGGGACACUAUCUUCGCAGUCGACCCAUCCUUGGACUUGAUAGACCUCAUCUGUGUAUCGAUGCUGAUACGGAUACGCUGGCAGUUGCUUAAAGCUGAUUAUUCAGUCUGCCUGCAGCUUUUACUGCGGUAUCCUCCGCCAGACGAAGCUAAUGGACCGAGCACCUUUGUCGACGAUGCCUUGCAUCUUCGAGGCCAUCUCGACGGCGCCGGUGGCUCCACGCUCAUCGUGAAGUACACAGGCAAGAUGCCCGCCAAUGUCAAAUCGCCCGACAUCUCAGCGCCCUCGACACCUAGCUUCCGCCCUUUCAACGCCCUCCGCCAGCGCAGCCUGGCCAUGCGCUCCCCCUUGAACUCACCGCCUUCCUUCAUGGCCCAGCAAGCUGGCGUGGAAGCCAUUCUCUCCAACGCCGCCAAGGGUGCCAAGGGAGUGCUCGACCGUGGCGAGAAGCUGGGCAUCAACCAAGCAGUCCGCGACGCCAUGGGUGAGAUUCGCCGAAACAUGCAGAACUUUAACGAGGCGCGCUACCAGCCGGGCCCGACCAAGGAGAUCCUCAGCGAGGAGGGCGCCGCGACCGCGUUGGCGGCCAUGGAGAAGCGGAACCUGCAGUUGGCGUGCAUGCUGGACGACACGAUUACGAGUCUCAAACUGGUGUCGGCAGGGAAGCUGGCAGACGAUGAGGAGAAGACUAAGAGUCUGGAGAUGAUUGAGGUGGCCGCGGCGAAGAUUCAAUUUGUCAAAAUCUACCUCGAGGACUCGGCCAUGGAGAUGCCGGCUGCUGAUCCGCCCGCGCCAGAGGAAGAUGUCGACGCCAUGGGCACGGAUGCAAAAGAAACCGCUACUGGCACCACCGCAUUGAAUGUCGACGACGUCAACAACAUCUCGAACCUCAGCCUGGCGCUUGAUGCACCCACCAUCGAAGACGACCAAGCUGCAGAGCUAGCCGAGAAGCGGGACACUGAGUCACCGAAACCUGCCCCCAAGCUGGAGCCACCAAUGUCCGCGGCCUCGCGUGCUAUUCGCCCGGCAGCCGUGCCGACGCGGUCGACACUGGCGCAGUCGUCGUUCUCUUGGAUGCUCGAACCGGACGAGUCCAAGCAGAGCUCGGGCGAAGCAGCCAAGGCCAAGUCGCCGCCGCCGUCAGGCCACAAGAAGCGGUCUUCGAACAACGCGAGCCGCGAGAGAAAUGCGUUCCUUUUUGGUGAGCCAACGGCCGAUCCGCAAGGCCGCGAUCCGCCACGCGAUGACAUCUUUGGCCUGGAGCCUCUGCGCAAGACAUGAAGGGACGAAGACAGCACAGAACAAGGCGUACUUGAUCAUCAUUGACACAUGUACAUACAUCAUAUAUAUAGACGGCGCGCACAGCGCAAACCCUCUCGUCACUUCUUCAACGGCCUCUCCCUGAUCCAGAACGAGACCACGAAGCCCAUGACCAGGAAGAUGAGGGUGGGGCCGUACCCGCCCAACGUCGCCAGCUUGUAGCUCUCCUUGACCUGCGCGGCCUGCCACGGAGACAGCUUGUGGAUGA